AUGGACAAUUUCGACGUUGGAUUCCUUUCAAUAGUACGUAAUAUUCGGGAAGUUUACUGUUACCGAGAAUGGCAGCAUGCCAACAAUAGUCUGAGCACUAAUCUGCACACUGGUGGUGACGUUUUAAAGCGUCGUUUAUCUAGCGAUAAAGUAGAUCACAUGAUGGAAGAAGAACUUGUUCGUGCUGAAAUUCGUCUUCAGGAUUCAAAGGGUACGGAUGCGGCUGGUGUUUCAUCUGGUAUAACUGGUGGUAUAAUGGGUGCUAUACGAAGAACAUCAGGCGCAUUUGCAAAUACGCUACACCAGGUGGUAGGCACAGGCCAACCGGACCAAGCGAACGCAGCCCCCAAGAUACCAUCGAAUGAACCGUCAACUGGACAGCAGGGCGGAGAACGCAGGAUGUCCGACAUCGAACAUCUGUGGCAAACUUCACGGCAAAUGCACGGAUUCUGA